GUAGUUAAUGAACUUAUAAUGGAUAGGGUAUGUAUUACGUUAUCUUGUGUACAUUUAUAUUACACAUUAAAGUUGCGGUUAGAUUUUGGAACCAUGUUUAGCUGUUAGCUAACGGUACUUAGCUAGCAGCCCAUUUAUGACAGACGAUAACGCCUACAUGGUUAUUGGUUUUAGUAUGUGUCUAGCUACUUGAAGUCUAAGCUACGAUUGACUGAACCCUCCAGCUGACUGGCGCAUCGGGCUUCGACGAGGAUAGAUGCCUAAUAUGAUCUUUGAUGUUGCCAACUUAAACAAGCGAUUGUUAUUUCUGCUUUAUAUUUUCACAGUUUCACUUUGAAGUGAACUGGAGGCCGAUAUUUCUUUGAAUUAUACGUUCACAUUUUGGCGCCUGUGUUGUGGCAAAAAUCCAAUGUGCAACACUUGGCGAUUGGCAUGUGUUUAUAUACGCAUCACUAAUAAUUGACCUUGCUCUUAAAAUGUCAGCGGAACAAGUUUGUUACAGAUUUAAAGCAAUGUUUACAGGCUGUUCUGAUAUAGUACUGUACUAUGAUUUUUAAAUAUCAUCUUCAUUCUCACUUCAGAGCCACUUUUUUCUUUCUAAGAGUUAACCGUGGACAGCUCUAGCGUGAGACACACCACCUGGACCAGGGACUUUGCCCAGAAAAUGAGGGUAUCAUGUUAACUCGAGGCAAAACUAAAAGCUGUGAUGGACCCUACUGGGUCUAUAUGAUAAGUUAUCUGGCUGCCUGAGAUUCACAGCUUGUUAGUUUAAAGACUCGCUUGCUAUUCGACAGCAUAACCAUGACGUCAAUCAACCCGGAGCAGGCUGCUCAGAUAGGGCAGGUGUUUGAGGCCUACGUGUCUGAACACCACAGGAGUGACAUCCUGCAGACCCUUCAGGAGCCUUUUGAGGAUGCCCACUACCCUGUGGUCAUCAACGCCAUGACGCUGUUUGAAGCCAACAUGGAGGUGGGGGAGUACUUCAACGCCUACCCCAGCGAGGUCAUCAGCAUCUUUGACAGUGCCCUUCACAGAGCUGCCAGUAACUUGUCGGAGAGCCGAACACAACCAGGGUGGCACAAGAUGAAACGACACCUGCAUGCCCGAAUCACAGGUCUUCCGGUCUGUCCGGAGCUCACCCGGGAGAACAUCCCCAGGUCUCGGGACGCCGGCCACUUCCUGUCCGUCACUGGCACUGUGAUCCGUACCAGCGUAGCCAAGGUCCUGGAGUACGAGAGGGACUACAUGUGCUGUAAGUGCCGUCAUGUGUUCUCCCUGCAGGCCGACUUUGAGCAGUUCUACAGCUUCGUCCCCCCGACCUGCUGCCCCAACCAGGACCUCUGCAACUCCAACAAGUUCACGUGCCUCUCCGGCAGCUCCACGCCAUCAGCCUGCAGGGACUACCAGGAGAUAAAGAUCCAGGAACAGGCCCAGAGGCUGUCUGUGGGCAGUAUUCCUCGUUCUAUGGUGGUCAUUCUGGAGGAUGAUCUGGUAGACAGCUGCAAAUCCGGCGAUGAUGUUACCGUGUAUGGAGUCGUUCGCCAGCGGUGGAAGCCCAUGUAUGAGGACACACGCUGUGAACUGGAUUUGGUGUUGAAAGCCAACUUCAUUGAAGUGAACAACGAGCAGACCAUGGCAGCUCUAGUCCUAGAGGACAUGCAGAAGGAGUUUGAGGAGUUCUGGGGAAAUUAUAAACAUGACCCUAUUGCUGGCAGAAACGAGAUUCUCAUGAGCCUGUGUCCACAAGUGUUUGGAAUGUAUGUUGUUAAGCUAGCGGUUGCCAUGGUGUUAGCAGGUGGGGUGCAAAGAAUAGAUCCUUCUGGAACAAAAGUAAGAGGUGAGUCUCACCUCCUGCUGGUGGGAGACCCAGGCACGGGCAAGUCUCAGUUUCUGAAGUAUGCUGCUAAGAUCAUUCCUCGUUCUGUCCUCACGGCUGGGAUCGGCUCCACUAACGCAGGGUUGACCGUGGCCGCGGUGAAGGACUCUGGGGAGUGGCACCUGGAGGCCGGAGCUCUGGUGCUGUCUGACGGCGGCCUGUGUUGCAUAGAUGAGUUCAACAGCAUCAAAGAGCAUGACCGGACCAGCAUCCACGAAGCCAUGGAGCAGCAGACCAUCAGUGUGGCCAAGGCAGGAAUGGUGUGUAAGCUGAACACCCGGACGACCAUCUUGGCCGCCACCAACCCUAAGGGCAAAUAUGACCCCAACGUGUCCGUGUCGGUGAAUGUGGCCCUGGCCAGCCCGCUUCUGAGCCGCUUCGACCUGGUGCUGGUCCUACUGGACACCAAGAAUCCCGAGUGGGACCGCAUCAUCUCCUCCUUCAUACUGCAAAACAAAGGAGCUCCCAGCCAGCCAGAGGAGUGUCUGUGGAGCAUGGACAAAAUGAAGGCCUACUUCUGCCUGAUUAAAGGUCUGCAGCCGCGCGUGUCUGAGGAGGCCAACUCCGUCCUGUCCCGGUACUACCAGCUGCAGAGGCGGAGUGACGGCAGGAACGCAGCCCGUACCACCAUCCGCAUGCUGGAGAGCCUCCUCCGCCUGGCCGAGGCGCACGCCCGGUUGAUGUUUCGGGACACGGUCACUGUGGAGGAUGCUGUGGUUGUCGUCUCUGUCAUGGAGUGCUCUAUGCAGGGUGGAGCACUCCUGGGAGAUGUGAAUGCUCUGCACACUUCCUUUCCCGACAACCCCAGUCAGCAAUACCAGACACAGUGUCAGAUUGUUCUCGAGGGACUCCAAUUGCCUCACCUCCUCCACAAGGAAAUGGACAGGCUCUCCAGGCUGCAGAAUAAUUUGCCAAGCUCCCCUCCUGUAGCAGAGAAACAGCCCAGUGACCUGAGACGCAGUCCCCAUCACACAGAGACGCUGGGGAACAGCGCGUCUGGAAUCAACCCAGACUCAGUGAGCGGGCUGGACUGGUUCCUCUCACUGGCCGGCCGAAUGGGAGGCGAAGACACUAGCUCACCCAUCACAACAUCCACGCAACUGAACCGGAACACUUCCUCGAAGCAGAGCACCCUGCCAAAACACCCCCCUGUGUCGUCGCCAGGCAACAGCAGUGCUGUGCGCGAGCGGGGCGAGCGUUUGAGCGAUAAGACACACAGUGUGACUGCUGAGGAGGAGGAGGAGGCAGUACGGAGCUGUAGGGGGAGCAGGAAAAGCACAGCGUCAGCAGAAGUCUCUAAAGACACACUUGGCACUGUGGUGCAGAAGGUGUCCCAGAAGCUGAGGGACAAACGGCUCCGAGAGAUGGCUCAUGUUCCCCGGCAGGGAGAAGAUACUGUGGGCGGAGACACCUGCAGAGACCUCAUAGACGAUCUAGAGCAGGCCUCGUCUAUAGGCUCCUCCCACUGGCCCCUGCCCUCCCACAGCACGCCUAUAGCUGGGAAGAAAUGCAACUCCAAGAAGAACAAGGUCCCUGGUGACUGUUGGUCCGGGGACCAGGACAGCUCUGAUACAGUGGAGGCAGUUGGCGAAGAGCUGCAAUCCAAGUUUACAGGGUUCACGUUUAAACCCAGAGAGAAGAUGACCUAUCCUAAACCUCUCCGCUGUGAUACUGACAUCUCCGACUUGAACACAGAAAAUACAGGUCUACGUCGAAAAGCAAAGACACCGAACCGAGACAAUCACGAGACGGCUCCUUCUGAGAGACAGAAAGCUGGAACGGUGGAGGAAAAGAGCGAGAGACGGCAAUGCAAAGACAGGCCAGCAGAGGACGGCAGGACAUCGAAGAAGCUGAGGCAAAGUGUCCAGUCCAAAGGCAAACAGUUUCCACUGGCCCAAUGUAUCCCGAGCCCAGAGGUCAGGGGUCACAGAGAGGGCAGUGGGGUGGAUCAUGGGACUGAGCUGUGUGGAGCGAGCAGUGUAGCUCCAUGUGAGAACAGAACAAGAUCAACAGGCCCCGAACCACCACCACCCCCUCUACACCCAGACCUGACAAAGCCUACAGUAGCGCCCUCUACCCUGGCCAAACUCUCCCGGUUUUCUUUCUCAACCACAAAGGACCAGAGUGUCACAGCCCCUACAACCACUUUGAGCUCAGAGCUCAAAGCAGGACAUCAGAACACAGAGAUACGAGCUAUCACCAACCCACAGCAGAGCACAGAGACACGAGCUAUCACCAACCCACAGCAGAGCACAGAGAUACGAGCUAUCACCAACCCACAGCAGAACACAGGGAUACGAGCUAUCACCAACCCACAGCAGAGCACAGAGAUACGAGCUAUCACCAACCCACAGCAGAACACAGAGAUACGAGCUAUCACCAACCCACAGCAGAACACAGAGAUACAAGCUAUCACCAACCCACAGCAGAACACAGGGAUUCAAACUAUCACCAACCCACAGCAGAACACAGGGAUUCCAACUAUCACCAACACACAGCAGAGCACAGAGAUACGAGCUAUCACCAACACACAGCAGAACACAGAAAUACGAGCUAUCACCAACACACAGCAGAACACAGGGAUACGAGCUAUCACCAACACACAGCAGAACACAGAGAUACGAGCUAUCACCAACACACAGCAGAACACAGGGAUACGAGCUAUCACCAACACACAGCAGAACACAGGGAUACGAGCUAUCACCAACCCACAGCAGAACACAGGGAUACGAGCUAUCACCAACACACAGCAGAACACAGGGAUACGAGCUAUCACCAACCCACAGCAGAACACAGGGAUACGAGCUAUCACCAACCCACAGCAGAACACAGGGAUACGAGCUAUCACCAACCCACAGCAGAACACAGGGAUACGAGCUAUCACCAACCCAGAGCAGAUCACAGGGUCCCAAGCCAAAGCCUCUUCAGUGAAUUGGACUGAAGCAAAAAUUAGUGGAGGCGAAGACAUACAUACAUUAACCAGUAAGGGCCCGAAUCCUGCCGGUGAAUCUGCUGCCAACCCUAAAAAGAGAAAGUGUUUUGAGCUUGACUUUGGGGGCUCGAAAGGCCUCUUUGGACUCUCUAUGUUCGACUCUUCUACCUUUGAUGAUGAUGAUCUGGAUAUAGACUGGGAAGAGGAAUCGGGGAACAAAAAAUAUAAAGGAAAAAUGUCUGAAGCUAUAUAAUUUAAUAUUAUUUGACUUCUAUAUUGUAAGAAUCGUGUGAAUAUGCAGUUUGGUGUUUUGAUGAUUAGAUACACAAUGUGUUUUAUAGUAUGAUCAUGUGUAUCUGUUUCCUUUAUAAACCUCAUUUUCAAAGCC